GGGCAGGUUUUCAAAUUGGACAAGUACAUUAACAAUCUGCCCGCAAAACUUAAAGUAAGAAUUUUGUUGUGAUUCGUUUUUCCAAUUGUCCGUUGAAGUUUCACUUCUACUAUGUGUCCCAGCACACAUUCAAUUUUCGAUGUAUUUACUCCUUUUUUUACUAACAUGAACAUUUUCAACAUAAUGUGAAAUUACGAACAACUUUUUCUUAUUUUUUUUUAUACUGAACGUGGCAACAGGCCAUUUUUGCGAUAUAGUAUUUUUCGUUCCUCCACUUAGAAUAAAAUUGCGGUGAUAGUUUGUGUUUAGAUUAAUCAUUGUGUUUUAUUUUUUUAUUAAAUUAUUGAGUUUGUAAAGCAGGUACAAUUUAAUUUAAAUUAGUUAUUAAAUUUUUCACAAUUGGACCAUUUUGAGUCAUUUCUAAGAAAAGAAAGUUGAGUUUUCGUAAAAACUGUGAUUCGGAAGUUUUACCAGUGCUCUCCUUUCCACACGGGUAUCCCGGUUUCGAUACCCAUAUACGCAGUACUUUUUUUUUCCUUAUUAGAUUGAAUAUUGGUCACAUGCGUUAUUAGUAAUAUAAACACAGUGUCUAGAGUGCUGUGUACUCAUUUUUUUUGACAACUUUCAACAGAAGUUAAAAGCAUACACCGUUCAUACUUUUCUUUUAAAUUCUUCUUAAAUUUAAACGAAAAUAAUGGAAGCGGAAUCUUCAGAAAUUAUGGAUACUGAAAAAAUGGAGAAGAAAAAACAAGCUACAAAGAUCGAUUUUUCAACAUCUGAUAAAGCAACGAAACGAGUAAUUGCUCCGUUUGUAAAAAUUUUUCGUAAGAAAAGAAAAGCUAAAGCAAUAGAAGAAGAAGAAGAUGUAGAUGCUCCCAAGUAUGUUUUUCCGUACAAAAGACCUAGCGUUCUUAUCCAUCACAUGUCAGGAUUUUUAUCUGAAAAUUUAGAUUUAUCUUCAUUAUUACAUGAUACAGCAAAUGUUUUAAAAAACGCUGUCAGAGCAAAAGGAGUUUUACUCUAUUUAAUAGAAGACGAUGAGAUUUAUUUAAGUCAUAAGUCAUACCAAAACGAACGUUUAAAACAAAAAUGGAAAAUUGGACCUGGUUCAAUAGCAGCUGCUUAUGUUGCAUUUACGAAGAGGGUUACAAUUGUUGAUGACAUCUUAACUGACAUGAGAUUUGAUAACAGUUCCCAAAGUAGAGAUGAAACUAUGAAGUCUGUCCUUUGUGUACCAAUUGUUACUCCAGACGAAGAAUGUUUUUCUGUUCUUGAACUUUUUAGAGAUAUUGAACAACCAGUAUUUGAUGCUCAGGACAUUAAUACAGUAUUAGUAACGACCGGAUGGAUUGGAGCUGCUGUUCAACAAAAUCAAAUGAGAUUGCUUUUGCAAAAAAAAAUGGAGCUACAUCAAUUUUUCCUAAAACUCAUUAUGUGGUUUUCUGAGAGUGCCUUGCCAGAAAUGAAUGUCAUACAAGAAAUUCUCAGUUUUGUAAAACACACAUUAGGAGCUGAAAAAGGGAUAUUGUACAAAUUUGUAAAAUUUGGAACCGAAACUUGUUCUUAUUUGUACGAGGAAACGCCAGAUCAUAAGUUAACAAAAAAGGUCCUUUCUUUGAAAUACUUUGAAGAGGCAGGCUUAGUGAAUAACAUUAUACAAUCUCGAAAGAUAUAUAAUAUAACAGACCCUAACGAUCCUAUUUUUAAGAAAUUUUCUGAACAAAAAGUUGGAUCUAUCAAUCGAGCUAUGCUAUGUCUACCGAUAAUUUCUUACGGAGAAGUAAUAGCUAUUUUUAUGCUGCUAAACAAAGUUGGUUGGGACCAUUUUACAAAAGCUGAUGAAAAACUGGCGGAACUGCUAGGAACAUAUACUGCAAUGGCAAUGAAACAUUCAGAAGUUGUAUUAUCUGGAAUUAAAGCAGAUUACGAAAAGGAAGACGUAUCUGAUUUAAUAAACUACCAUAUUAAAGCAUGUGAACACGAUAGAAAACAUUACUUAGAAAAAAUGGAAGGAGUUAUAUUGCCGAAUAAUUUUAGAGAAUUCUCGUGGUAUAUAGAACUGGACGACUUCGAUAAUAUACCUAGAUAUGCAUUAUACAUGAUAGAACGCGUUUGUGGUGAUUUUGAUGUUAAUUCUGAACAAAUGAUGGAUUUUAUUUUAUCAUUACGAAAAAAUUAUAGAAAAAAUCCGUAUCAUAAUUUUGAACAUGCUUUUAAUGUAUGCCAUUGCGUGUACAAUGUGCUACGGAGGAACAUGCUUGACUUUAAACCAAUUGAGCGUAAAGCAUUAAUUAUAGCAGCCUUAAGCCAUGAUGUUGAUAGUCUCGCUUUAACUAACAACUUUUUAGUUCUAACUGACCAUCUCUGGUCCAAACUGUACACUACAUCACCGUCGGAAAGUCAUCAUAGUCAAAUAGCUCUUCGAAUGUUGAAAAACUUUAAUAUUUUUUAUGGUAUGGAUUCCGAUUCAUAUGAAUUAUUUACAAAGCAAGUAAAAGAAAAUAUUAUAUCGACUGAUGUUUUUGUUUUUUUCAAUGUAAAAUUAAAACUGGAGGUUAUUUGCGAGCAUGAAUUGUAUCAAGCAGAAAACGACGUGCACCGAAGUUAUUUACGGUCAAUGCUAAUGACUGCAGGUGAUUUAUCCAUGUAUUGCAAGUCGUUCCACGUUUGUAAACGAUUGGUAGAUCUCCUUUUAUCAGAAUACUAUCAUCAAGGCGAUUUGGAACGAGAAAUGGGAUUUAUUCCUUUGGCGUUAUAUGAUAGAUAUCAAAGUCAUAAAGUAUCGGUAGAACAAGUAAAAUUUUUAAAGUUCGUAGGAUUACCUUGCUUUAAUUUAUUAAAAAUUAUUCUUCCUAAUACAAGUGCUCUGUACGACAGUUGUAUGGUGCUUUUGAAACAGUGGGAAGAAAUUGACGAAUAUAAAAAUCAAAAAACGUGGAAACAAGACGAAUCAAUAUUCUGUAAUAAGGGGUCAGAUGUAGGGGAAAGUUAACUUAACGAUUAAAAAUAUAAAAUGACUGAAUUGCUAAUAAAUUUUGAUUGUUUAUUGUAAGUUUACUAAAAUGCAGAGUUUUACUUUAGAAGAAAAAUGCUGGUUCUUUAAUAAAAUCCUAUAUAUUUAUAGCGGAAGCGAUUUUCGUACCAUAAAUUUUGUUGCACGGAUAUAUCAGUGGAGAGUCCACCUAUUUCGAUGAUCUUGUUUUUUUUUCUUUUUCGUGAAAGGGCAAAUAUUCAAGACACGCAGUCGUCCGUACGACAAAGGAACGCGGAAGGUCAUUUUAACUUUACGGUUAACAUUAGAGAAAACGAUAGAAAAAGAAAAGAACGUGUAUAUAGGAUUAUUAAAUAUACCUACCUACAAAUCUACGAAAGAGAUAUAGAGAUAAAAGAGUGAUUUAAAGUUUGUAUAAAGAGGAACAGGCAGUUCUAGAACUUGAUCGGCAACAGAGAAAUAUUUGGAAGGAAGUCAGGCAAGGAUGCACACUGUCACUACUCUUUUUUAAUAAGCAUCAUUAAAG